UUUCAUUUAUUAUAAUUAUGUGAUGAUGCCUUUCUUUCUGUUAUAAAAACAAUUAAAUAAUGGUUGAACAACUCUAUCUAAUAAUACUAUUCACUGUCUUUAAGGCCAGGGGUUGUUUCUUUUGCUAUUUCAGGAGUAAGUGGAUUAGUUGGUAAAUCUUGUGGGAGUUUGAAAUAGCAGCCUUACUCAGCCUCAAGCUUGAUGUGAAACGUUCACUUGGGGAAAAGAACAGCAGUAUUAAACCUACCUUCUCUCAAACUCCAGCUAUUUGAAAAUAACCAGGAUGUACUAUGCAUCUAUAAGCUUUGCACUGUGAAACUGGUUAUGCCUCUUGCCAGAAGCCAGGACAAAUGAUAUCGUCAUGUACCAACAUAAUGAUGGAGAGACAAGUUAUUAAAUCAGCUGUGGAUUCAGUGGAUGGAAGAGAAAUUACAAUACAUUUUCUUUAGUUGUGUUUGGAGUUUGACAUGGAGGUGGGUGUAUCAUGGACUUUGUGAAGGGUUCCAGGAUUCCCAGAGCAAAAUACACAAUGGUUGGAGAGGUGCUGCGUUAUGUUAUCCCCUGCCAUAUGCAGUGCUCCAUGGGAUGUGGUGGCCAGGCGUGCAAGUAUGAGGAUCCCUUGCAUUGGAGUGAAGACGAUCAGGCCAUCAAUGGAAUCUAUUCUUCCUGGAUUACUGAUGACUUGCUCGCUAUGGCACGUCCAUCCACUGAAAUUAUUGAAAAAUACAACAUAAUAGACCAAUUUCUGAGAUGUGGCUUGAAGACACUUAUUAACCUCCAAUGCCCUGGUGAGCAUGCCAGCUGUGGAAACCCGCUUGAAGCCGAGAGUGGCUUCACUUACCGACCAGAGACAUUCAUGGAGGUUGGCAUUUAUUUUUACAACUUUAGAUGGAAUGACUAUGGUGUGGCCUCUCUCAUGACCAUCUUGGAUAUGGUGAAAGUCAUGUCUUUUGCCAUCCAAGAGGGUAAAAUUGCAAUUCACUGCCAUGCGGGGCUUGGAAGAACAGGUGUGUUGCUAGCCUGCUUUUUGGUGUUUACCUCACGGAUGACAGCAGAUCAAGCCAUUUUAAAAGUUAGAGAAAAACGACCAAACUCUAUCCAGACGAGAGGACAGCUACAGUGUGUCAGGCAAUUCGCUCAGUUCCUUGUCCCACUAAGGAAUGUGUUUGCUUACGCUGAGCCAAGAGCCCCCCCUGUUACUCUUUCACAAUACUUGAUCCGACAAAAACAUAUUCUACAUGGAUAUGAGGCUCGACAGUUAAGAUAUGUGCCAAAGCUGGUCCCCUUCAUUUGCAGACUUCUAUUGGACAUUGCAGAGAAUCGUCAGGUUAUUGAGGAGGACAUUGUUGAAAUUCCUGACAUCACAACUGUAGUGGAUAAUACUUUGAAUGAAAAUGCAAUGUAUCCGUUCAACAGAGAGAUUAUGGGAAAUGGGAUCACUAUGAUCAGGCCCCGUCUUCCAGGUUUACCCCAAGUCAAUAGAGACAACUCACAACCUCUUUACUAUGUUCGUAAGAGCCUUAGCUACAGUGAGUCAGACCUACGGAGGUUAGCUACAUCUUUAAACCUCUCUGAUAACCCUCUAGGAGUUUUAGCCACCAUCCACUACUCUAACAUCAACAGUCAAUUAGAAGCUUUCAACAGUGUUUCUGCAAACUGUGGUGCACUUACUGUAGGCACUUGUAAGGAUAGUCCCAUCUACAGUUCAACCAACAAUAUAUGGGAGCUGAAAACUCUGAUGGACCAGCAGGUAGGAUCUCCAUUGCUCAAAAAAAGGAGGCAAUCUGUCUUGCAGCGAAGCCAGUCUGUAGGUGUUUCAGAUCAGAAAAACAACACACGCAUCAGCAAAAUACUUUCAUUCUGGAAGAAAAACCCCAAGUUAAGCACUGAACAUGAUUGGGCUAAAAAUGAGGAGAAAGAACUUUCGGAGGUGCCCUUCAUCACUGUCCAGUCUGAGUUGUCUCUGGACUCUCGUCGCCUCUUGAUUGCUCAGUCACUUGUGGUAGACCUUGAGCAGGAUGGAGAGAAGGAACAUAUUCAGAAGGUGUCCACUUGGCAGACCGAGCUUAAUUACGAGGGUGCAUGGGAGCGACUGUGUUUGGAAAGAGACCCGUUUAUUCUUUCUGGAAUCAUUUGGUCAUGGCUGGAGCAGCUCAAAGAACCAGUCAUCUCAGCUCAUGAUGUUCACACACUGGAAAAGGCCAGUCAAGAUGGCAAAACUGUCCUAAAUAGCUUAGAUAGGGCUUCAAGAGAAACAGUGAUGUGCAUUCUGGACUGUUUCGCUCAUCUAUUCACAAUACAAGAGGAAGUUGAGAGCGCUUUUCUAGAGCGAGCAACCAAAGCUUUUACAAAGGUGAAAAACACAGAUGGUGGGAAGCGCGUCCACGAGAUCAUGAAAAAGAUUACAGCAGGGGUUUUCAAACAUUUGCCAAGGACCCCCAAAUAUGAUGAUCCCCUCAGAGAGACCCCCUGUGUGAGAAAAAUAGUACACAUGAUAUUAUAAACACUUCUUACAUGAAACAUUUAUUAUUGGCUUUUAUAUUGUCAUUUUACUAAAGCCUAAUUAAAUAUGUUUUGACAUUAUCUGAAAUAUAUUUACUUUUUACCGUGUUCUGUUGACAGUGUAUUGUUCUUCUGUUUGUGAAAUGUUAAAUGUAGAAACCCAAAGACAAAGUAUUUAUUUGUGUAGUGCUUUUCACAAUAAAUAAAUUGUUUCAA